CAACAUUCUAGCCAGCCCCGAACUCUCUAUUGGCUGACGUGAGGAAGGCCCCGAUUCUAGAUUCGCUCCUAGGGCCUGUCCAUCAGGCGUCUCCUCUGGACUACUUUAAAAGUCCCUCCGCUCGUGAUCUGAACAAGUUGGAAUUCCUAUUGAUCCCAGUUCUGCUGGUCGAAUUCCGCCCCCAAGUCUUUGCUACUCCGCGUGGGGAGUAGUAGCUGACGAACCCAAACUGAACAUUUCCCCCGGUGCCUUCUGCCUUGAAGAUGUCUGACAGUGAAAUUGAGACCGGAGCCAACAUCCCAGCCGCUGAAGAGCCGAUGCAGCAGAGCAUAGUCAACAGGGUGGUCAAUAUGCCGCUUGUGAGUUCCACCUGUGACAUGGUAUCUGCCGCUUACGCGUCCACCAAGGAAAACCACCCUUAUGUCAAGUCUGUGUGUGGUCUUGCUGAGCAAGGAGCGAAGAGUCUUGCCGCAGCCGCUGCCAGUGGGGCUCAGCCGCUCCUGUCCAAACUGGAGCCUCAGAUCGCAUCAGCCAGCGAGUAUGCUCAUAAAGGACUAGACAGAUUGGAAGAGAAAUUGCCAAUUCUUCAGCAGCCAAGUGAUAAGGUUCUAGCUGAUACUAAGGAACUUGUAUCUUCCAAAGUGACCGGUGCCAAGGAUGCAGUCUCCAGUACAGUUUGGGGUGCCAAGGAUGCAGUCUCCAGUACAGUUUUGGGUGCCAAGGAUGCUGUGGCCACCAGAGUGACCGAGGCUGUGGAUAUGACCCGAGGAGCUGUCCAGAGUGGGGUUGACAUGACCAAAUCGAUGGUGACCAGUAGUGUCAACACAGUCAUGGGCUCCAAAGUAGGACAAAUGGUCCUCAGCGGCAUGGAUACUGUGUUAGGAAAAUCUGAAGAAUGGGUUGACAACUACCUGCCCAUGACAGAUGAAGAAUUAGCUAAGAUUGCUACCUCUCUAGAAGGAUUUGACAUGGCUUCUGUUCAGCAGCAGAAGGAGCAACAGGGUUAUUUCGUUCGCUUGGGCUCCCUGUCCUCCAAGCUCCACCAGCGGGCCUACCAGCACUCCUUAGGUAAACUGAGGCAGACCAAGCAAAAUACUCAAGAGGCCCUUCUACAGCUCUCUCAGGCCAUCAGCUUGAUUGAAACUGUAAAGCAGGAUGGUGUUCAGAAAUUGCUUGAUGGCCAAGAUAAACUUCAUCAGAUGUGGCUAAGCUGGAACCAAAAGGAACUUAAGGACUCUAGUGAUGAUGCUAAACCUGAGCAGGUUGAGUCUCGUACCCUUACCAUGUUCCGGGAUGUCACCCAACAGCUUCAGGGUAACUGCUUACAGCUUGUAUCCAGUAUUCAAGGCCUUCCUAGCAACAUCCAGGACAAAGUACAGCAGGCUCAGACCCAGAUUGAAGAGCUUCGGGCCACCUUUUCAGGAGUCCAGUCCUUUCAGGACCUCUCCAGUACCGUCCUGGCUCAGAGUAAAGAGAGAGCCAGCAAAGCCCGAGAGUCCCUGGAUGAGAUGAUUGAAUACGUUGCUCACAAUACACCCCUCACGUGGCUGGUGGGACCCUUUCUUCCAUCUGGCCAGACCUCUACUGAGUCAGAGAAAACUCCAGAGAAAAUGGAGACCAACUAGAGACCUCAGCCAUGGCACAGACAGGGGAUGAUAGAAUCUUUACCCAUUUUCUGAGAUUCUUUAUCAGAAAGCUAGACUUUGUCUUUUAAACCUAACUCUUGGCAAGUGUGGUUAUAAUAUUCUCAGCUUAAAGAAACCUGCUGACUAAUGCAGCCUAUAGCUCAUCCCACUCUUGGUUCUAAUUACUAAGUGAGAGGGGAAAUGGACCUUCCCCUCACAUCCCCAGGGUCUGGAUUUGAACAGAAAGUAGAAGUGUAACCUUUCUAGACCUCAUCCCUGGGUAACUGGGAUGUUGUGUCUGAACUGAAACCAGUAAUUCAUGCUUGUCUUUCCAUGAACCCUUCCCUACUUAUAGAAAUGAUACUUUACUAAUUGAAUCAGGUGGUAUAGAGGCUAAUAGACUAGUAAUAACCUUUUCAUAAAUAGUAAGAGGUAAACUCCCUGGUUUUGGUGGGCAAGAAAUGGGGAGACAUAACAUUUUUUCUUUCUCUGCCCUACUCCUUCAAUCAAUAUUGUAGAUAGGUUUUUUUGUACUAAACUUUAUUGCCUCAAAUAAAUUUUACUUGCAUUUAA